AUGGUGCCCACGCCCCAGGUGUGCGUAUCCACCCUGGUGACGGUGAGCACGAUGGCGGUGGUGGACCUCUACCUGCUGGAGCAAAGCAUGCCGGGAGCACGCGGGGCGGCGGGGCCCGGCGCGUGGCAGUGCGCCGCCGUCUUACUGGGCGACGCCGGCUUCCUGCUGGCGCUGCGCUUCGUGUCGGCCGGGGUGGUGUCGGAGGCGCGCUCGCCCCGCCGGGGCUUCGCCAACGCCUUGUGGUUCCUCUUCCUGUCGCUCCUCCAGCUCAAGCUCUUCUUCGUCUGCCACAACUACAGGCAGGAGCGGCGGCCGCCCGACCCGCUGGCCAGAAAGGUCCUGACGCUCCUGCUCUCCGUCUGCCUGCCGUCCCUCUUCCUCAUCCUGACGGGGGCCGACUACAUGACGCCCCAGCGGAGGAAGCAGGAGGUGCGGGGGCGCCUCCUGUGGGUGGUGGUGGACCUGCUGGACGUGUUGGACCUGCAGGCCGGGCUGUGGGAGGCCCAAGGAGGGGCGGCGGCCCCCGAGCGACGGCUCCCCGUCUGGGCCGAGGGCUUGGUUUUCUUCUACUGCUACGCCCUUCUGCUUUUGCUACCGUGCGUGGCCCUCACGGAACUGGGGGCCACGGGCCUCCCGGGACAGAGGGGCCCCCGCAGGGAGGCUUUGUACCCGUGGCUCAGCCUGGUCACCGUCAACGUCUUCACCCUGGGCCUGAGGGGCGCCGGCGUGCUGUGGUACAGGGACCCCCGAGUAUCCACCGUCUUCCUGGGGAAGAACCUACUGGCGCUGGCGGUGAAACUGAGCUCGGCUCGCGAGAGGCAAAAGCAGGAGCGCGGCGCGGGGGCGUCGCCCGGGGUCCGACGAGAAGAAACCGCGUCGGCCGGUCGCCGCGCCGAGCGGGGAGAGAGUCAAACGGAGGUCAACUUUCACGCGCCGUCCGGCUCGCGGAGCCCGGGCCGCGCCGACUCACCUUUAGCGCCCUCCUUCAUCUCCCAGGAACUCUAA